AUCGUACAACCGCGAGUCGUAGGUUCUUUCGCGGUUUUCCCCGUUCGCUGGAAAACCCCUAAACCCUCUCUCUCUCUCUCUCUCUCUCUCUCUCUCUCUCUCUCCCCAAUGGCCGACUCGAUUCACUGGAUUAAGCACGUAGAAUCCUAUGUCGACUCUUCCGGCUCCCCGUCUCAGCAGGUUGCAAGUUUAGAUGCAAUUGCUGCUCUAUUGAAGAAUGACAUGUUAAAGAUAGAAGAACUGGUUAGAGAUAUGGAGAUGUAUCUGACUACCACAGACAGCAUUAUUCGUUCGAGAGGUAUACUACUUCUUGCAGAGUUGCUGCAACGUCUUGCAUCAAAGCCUUUAAAUGAUGCUGUCAUCCAUAGCUUGAUAGGAUUCUUUACAGAAAGGCUGGCAGAUUGGAAGGCUUUGCGUGGUGCACUUGUUGGUUGCUUGGCACUGAUGAAGAGGAAAAGUAAUGUUGGAAUGGUCACUAUUAACGAAGCAAGAGCAGUUGCCCAGUCCUAUUUAGUAAACUUGCAGGUGCAAUCCUUGGGGCAACAUGAUAGGAAGCUCUGCUAUGAACUUCUGGAGUGCCUAUUUGAUCGCUAUCCUGACGUGGUUGCGGCACUGGAUGAUAAUAUUGUCCAUGGAAUAUGUGAAGCGAUUGAUGGGGAAAAGGAUCCACAGUGUCUAAUGAUCACAUUCCGUAUUGUGGAAUUAUUGGCUCGAAUAUUUCCAGAUCCAUCUGGUCCACUUGCAAGUUUUGCGGAGGAGCUUUUUGAAAUUUUGGGAAGUUACUUCCCUAUUCAUUUUACACAUCCAAAAGGAGAUGAAGUUGAGGUGAAAAGGGAUGAGCUGUCAAGGGCACUAAUGCUGGCGUUCGCUUCUACACCUCUUUUUGAGCCAUUUGCCGUUCCAUUGCUUCUUGAAAAACUUUCUUCUACUCUGCCAUCGACCAAGGUUGAGUCUUUGAGGUAUCUUAGCUAUUGCAGUGUGUUGUAUGGAGCAGAGAGGAUGGCACAACAUGCUGAAACUCUUUGGGCUUCACUAAAAGAUGCACUGUUUAAUUCAUUAGAGUCAAUUUCAUCUCUGGAGUUGGAACCAGUGGAUGAUAUGGGUUUUCAGGGGAAUCAAAUUGCAACAGAAGCUCUCCUACUUCUGCAAAAAGUUGUUCAGCAAAAUGAGGGCUCCUUCUUAAGUUUGAUUGUUGGUGAUGAAGAAAUAAACUUGACUAUCAACUCCAUCACUACUUUUAAGAAUUAUGGGGAUAUUCCUAUGCCAAACAAGAAGAAGCUACAUGCAGUUGGUCGAAUAUUAUCUGUUUCUGCCAGGGCUUCCAUUGCCUCCUGCAAUAGAGUGUUUGAGAUCUUCUUCCUCCGCUUAAUGGACACUUUGAGGCUUUCAGGUUCUUGUGGGGAUAUUCAGCUGGAGGAUGGUUAUAAGUUUUCUGGAAGACUUGAUUAUGGUGCCUUAUAUCUCUGCAUUGAACUCCUCACUGCUUGCAGAUGUUUGGUUUUGGGCUCUGAAGGACGAACUUCAACUACUGUGUCUGCACAUGAGACAUGGAGCUGCAUGCUUCAGAGUUUUUGCCGCUCAUUAACUGAAGCCUUCAGUUUUACCUUAGUAAUAACUGCACAUGAAGAAAGUCAGAAUGCCUAUGUUCACUCUGGAGUGAGGGGUCUGCAGAUUAUGGCCACAUUUCCUGGCAGCUUCUUGCCUGUGCCAAAAUUGAUAUUUGAAAGUAUUUUGACGAGGUUGAUGUCGAUUAUCACUUUGAAUUUUGACAACGGACUUUUGUGGAAGUUGUCAUUGAAGGCAUUGGUGGAAAUUGCCUCAUUUGUUGAUACUCGUCAUGAUUCGGACAAGGCAACAUGCUUUAAGGGUCUUGUUGUAGAAAGGAUCGUAUUGUUGCUGUCUUCCAAUGAUUCAACCAUGCCUUUAUCUCUCAAACUCAAAGCAAUUUCUGAGAUUGGUCCAACAGGCCUGAAUUUUAUGCUGUCUAUUGUCCAAGGGCUGGAAAAGGCCGUAUUUGACAGAUUAUCUGAUGCUUUAGUACACGGAAACAUCGAAUCAGCUGAGUCCGCUGUUCAGCUUUUGGAAUGUUUAUCUAAUAAGUUGCUUCCAUGGUUUGAUAAAAUUGGAGGUUAUGAGGAAUUCCCAUUCCACUUCGCUGUAGAUAUUUGGGACCACAUUGCUAAGAACACUGAUUUCAACAUUGGCCUGCAGGAAAAUGAGCUUCUUGAUGCAACAAUGACAGCAGUGAAGCUAGCCGUUGCAAAAUGUUCAGAGGAAAGUCAAAGCAUCAUUAUUCAAAAAGCCUUAAAUGUACUUUUCUCAAGUGCUACUUUCCCAUCAGAGGAGUCCAUAUCUGGUGUCAAUCCAAGCAAACUUGAAGCUUCACAGCAUAAUCAUGGUUUGAACAGUUUUCCGUGCAGAGACAAGUGGAUAGUUUCAUUGUUUGCUUCAGUUAUCAUAGCUGUUCGUCCUCAAACACGCAUCCCAAAUGUAAAAGUUAUAGUGCACAUAUUUUUGACAACCCUCCUCAGCGGUCAUGUUCCUGCAGCUCAGGCUCUGGGUUCCAUGGUUAACAAACUACCUCUAAAAAGCAACGUAAUGGAGACCUCUGAUGUUUGUAGUUUAGAAGCAGCAUUGGAUAUAAUCUUUAGCAGUAUUGUGUGGACUCCGAACGACAGUGGUCUAAGGAGAUUUUGUGGAACAAGUGAUGGCAGUGAGAUUGGUAGUAGUGGACUAAGACUUAGUAAUUUAAACAGUAGCUUGCUUCAAGUCCAUGCCAUUGUUGGACUGGCAUGGAUGGGAAAAGGUUUGCUUAUGCGAGGUCAUGAAAAAGUUAAAGAUAUAACGAUGACGAUUUUUAGUUGUUUACUGUCAAACAGUGAUAGUGCGGCCUUGUCAUUGAAGCAGCAUCCGAUUAAAGACAGUGAUGAGGAGGAUGUGCUUCCUCUUAUGAAAUCUGCAGCAGAUGCAUUCCAUGUUCUUAUGAGCGAUUCCGAAGCUUGUUUGAACAGAAGAUUUCAUGCAGUUAUUAGACCGCUCUAUAAGCAACGCUUUUUCUCUACCAUGAUGCCGGUUCUGAUAUCUUCAGUGGUGAAGUCUAAUUCAUCAAUCACAAGAUCCAUGCUGUAUCGAGCCUUUGCACACAUUAUAUCCAAUACUCCACACAGUGCCAUCUUGAGUGAAGCUAAGAAGCUCAUCCCCUUAUUAGUGGAUAGCUUAUCAAUAUUAAGUGAGGAUAUUUCUAAUUCGGAGGUAAUAUACAGUGUCCUGUUGGUAUUAUCUGCAAUACUGACGGACAACACUGGUCAAGAAGCAGUGGUGGAGAAUGCAUAUAUCAUUAUUACUCGCCUUCUUGGGCUUAUCUCCUACCCCCAUAUGAUGCUUGUUCGAGAGACAGCGAUUCAGUGUCUUGUUGCGAUGUCUGCACUGCCCCAUUCAAGGAUAUAUCCCAUGAGAUCACAGGUGCUACGAGCUAUAUCAAAUGCUCUUGAUGAUCCAAAACGAGCUGUACGGCAAGAAGCUGUCAGAUGUCGGCAAGCAUGGGCAACGAUUGCAUCUAGGAGUCUUCAAUAUUGAGAAAGCAUAGAAGAGUUCAUCAAGGGAUGGAUGCAUGCAAAAAGAUGAAGUGGGCUUACGAGUUGUCUCGUGCCUUUCCAUCUCAGACAUGUACACAGCAGUAUCAGUGUGGAUCACUGCAACUAUUUUUCGUUUGGAUGGGGUUUGGCGACAUCGGUUGUGGAUACCUUCAGAUGAAACAUCAAAGCAUUCCCCCAGCAUGCAUUGGACUUGACAAGUUGAGUUGUGUACCAUUUAGCUGUACCAUAUCUACUUGCAUAUUUUUGUGCAAAGCUCGGCCCACAAUAGAUUAUUAUCUUCUGUUUUUUAGCUGAUUAAUAACUUCAAAAUCAGUUUGUUUUUUUAUUUUAUUUUAAAUUUCACCUAAUUUAUAGUAAGUUUUCCACAAGUAGAAAACGCAGUCAUAUUUCUCAGUAGUCAGUCCAUUGUGAGAAACAACUUUUGACAUUGGUGAUGAGUUUAUUUCCAUUUUUCGAGCAUGUAAAGUACCGUGCAUUGUAAAGUAGAAUAUGCAAAGAUCAUUUGCAAAGGGUGUAAUGUUCAGAGAAAAUUGUUUAAAUUUGUAAGUUGUGAGUUCGUAGUU